CGGGGCCGGCCCGGGAGGGGCGGGGCACGGCUCCGCCUCUUGUCCCUGCGACUUCCGCUUACGCGCGGCAUUUCCGGUUCCCGGCGCGCGCCUCUCCGGUGCCGCGCGGCUGGCGGGACGGGCGGUGCCAUGGCGGGAAUCAAAGCGCUGAUCAGCCUGUCCUUUGGGGGAGCGGUCGGACUGAUGUUCUUGAUGCUCGGAUGCGCCCUGCCCCAGUACAACCAGUACUGGCCUCUGUUUGUUCUGUUUUUUUACAUCCUUUCUCCCAUCCCGUACUGCAUAGCCAGAAGAUUGGUAGAUGACACGGAUGCUACAAGUAAUGCCUGCAAGGAGCUGGCCAUAUUCCUUACAACAGGCAUUGUGGUCUCAGCAUUUGGGCUGCCCAUAGUGUUUGCAAGAGCAGAACUGAUUUACUGGGGCGCCUGUGCGCUCGUUCUCACUGGGAAUACAGUCAUCUUUGCCACCAUCCUAGGAUUUUUCUUGGUCUUUGGCAGCAAUGAUGACUUCAGCUGGCAGCAGUGGUGAAAGGAAGAUAAGAGAACUAUCCACAGGCAUCUUGUCAUGCAGUGGCCAUCCAUACAAGUGAGAGAAUGGGCAAUAAAGAGAAGUAGCAUAGCAAGCCUCUUGAGUAUUCUAGAUGCUCCUUUUGACGUUGUUUGUUCUGAGUGUACUACUGUUGCUGACAGGGUUUCUACGUUUUUAUGAAGUGGAGAGAUGAUUGAUUUCAUUUUUACCUAUGGUAUGUUUUUAGGUGCUCUCUUGGUUUAAAAUUGUCAUCCUUCUGUCCAAUGUUUUAUGUGAAGCUUUAAACCAGGAACAACAUUUAAACAUAGUUUCAAAGAUUUAAAGUUGGGGGGUUUUGGUGGAGUUUUUCUUUGUUGAUUUUUUUUUUGUUCUGUUUUGUAAGUUAAGUAUUAAUACUAUGUUUGUUUUUUUUUAAAUACCAGGAUUAAAUUAUAUACAAGCUGAAUGGAAGUAAGAGAUUGUCCACCACCAUUGCCAAUUACCAGAUCAAUAGAUUGUUGCUGUAUCUUAGCAGAGGCAAGGUGGGUUGGAGAGUGCCGGUUGCAGAUUUUCUUCUGCCCAUACCUCAGACUGAGUGAUGAAUGUUGAUAGCCUUCAUUUCAGGAGAAGGCUGAGGAGCAGGUAGAGUUAUCUGGGAGAAAAGUCCUAAAUUUUAACACCCACUAGCUCUUUUACCUGCUUUGUUACCGAUUCUGUGGAUGUGACAUUCAAAUACUCUGUAAAUGUAUUAAUGCAGACAUACAAAACUGAAGUGUAUUGUAGGGCAAGAUAAAAUGAUGUUUAAAUUCCAUUUUUUUUAAAAAAAAAAGUAUCUUUUGAACUCUUUCUAUUUAUAAGCAUUGUAAUGUUUUGAACUUUUAUGUCAUCUUUUUACCACAAAGAUGGUAAAAUGUUCAUUUAUGGAACUACUGGUCUGUAUUAAUUUGAAGCAUAUACAAAGCUAUUUGCUCCUCUCCCUUUUUAAUUUAUUUUAUACAUAGCAUAUAUAUAUAUAUAUAAAUAUAUAAUAAACCAGCUUUUAAAAUGUAGAUUAAAACUUUGUGUUAAACUUGCCUGAAUUUCCUGCCCCCCCCCUUUUUUUUUUCUUUUUUUUCCCCCCUCAAUGCAGAUGAGGCACGACUUUUUUGGAAGUCACUGGCUGAACUGAUUUCACUGACUGUUUUUAAGUUCUUAUGCACUGUUGGUUAAUAAGAUUUACUGUUAUGUCUGUAACUGUAGCUUGUGUUCUGUAUGAUUGCACAUGUAGCUUCAAGUAUUUAAGACAAGUUUUCUGCAUACCUCUCAAUUGUCUGGAUUUUUCAUUUGAAGAAAUCUGCCAUUGGACAUUCCAUCACAACACAGCUGAUGAGUACCACUUAACCAGGUUUGCCUGUACCACGUGCAGUGAUGACCAAACUCACUUCUAAACUGUAUUUUUCAAUUCUUUAAAAAUAAGUCUAUGAAACUUAACUAUGUGUAAUUGAAAGCUUAGGUUUUGCUCGACAGUAUGAAAAGGCAGAGAACUGCAGGUCUUGGCUGUAGUAUUUGUGCACAGAUGCAAACAAAGUAUAAAGUUUGCAUAUAUAUAUAUAUGUGCUCGUAAAUGUAUAUGAGUAUACAAAGUCUGAUAGUAAUGGGGUGUGCUCCAGGAACUGAUACUGGCAGGUGGGGGCAGCUGGGGUGUAGCUACCUCCACACACUGCUUAGUUCAUGUCCUGUGUGUGGAACAGAGGAGCAAGCAGGUGCCAAGGCUCCGGAGCAGAAGCCAGCCCAGAGCAGACGUAUUUCAAGCGUAACCAAGUGCUUCACCAGGCUGCCUGCGAUGGUGGCGUUUGGAGCUGCACGAGGGCUGUAGGAUCACGUGUUUCUUUCCCUUUCUCUGCAAGAUUUCUGCACCCACGCCCCCAGUUCAAUGGAUGCUUCAAAAAAUCUUCCAAACCAGCAGCUAAAGUUGCAGUCCUCUGCAGUCCUUAUGGAGGAGGAAUGUGUAGGACUUGUAUACAUAUGAUCUGUUACCUUUUCCUUUUUCAUGGCCAGGAACUGUUCUCUCCUUCAUUCCUGAAGCCACAUGAUGCUACUCUCUGGAUCACUGGUGAUGGAGCUGACUCUGUAUGUAUUGGUGGUGCAUGUUUUGUUAGUUAAUUGCAUUACAGCACUCCCUCCUUGCUUGCACACCAAGUACAUGCAGUACUGCUCUGAUUCAUGAGUGGGACGCUUGAGAGGUAUGAUCCUUCCAUAUAAUAUGCACUGAGAUUGUGUUACCAUCCUUCUAGAGGGAAGAACUUUGAGCGACACAAAUUUUAAAUAGCAAUCUUGAGUUCUGUAUGUUUAAUCAAAAAUACUCUAAUAAAAAGGGUAUUUUGUUUAAAGUA